AUGGGCAAGAAAAAGUCAUCGCGAAAGCCGCCACCAAAAGCGAAGAUAAUUGUUCCACUCGACACACAGUUCAAUUGUCCAUUUUGCAAUCAUGAGAAAGUGUGCGAAGUGAAAAUGGAUCGCGAUCGAAUGGUUGGAUUUAUUAAAUGCCGCGUUUGUCUGGAAGAUUUUCAGACAAAGAUUAACUAUCUGUCGGAGCCUGUUGAUGUGUAUUCGGAUUGGAUUGAUGCAUGUGAACAAGCAAAUCAA